GCGCCGCCGCCGCGGCGGAUCCUCGACCACGACGUCGUCUUCUGGUUGGGCGAUCUGAACUACCGCGUCCGCGAGGGCAUCGCGACGGCGGAGUGCUUCGCGCGGGCUGAGGCGCGCGACGACGCGUUCCUCCUCGCGAACGACCAGCUGAACCUGGAGCGGGCCGCGGGCCGCGUCUUCGCGGGCUUCGACGAGGGCCCCAUCGGCUUCCCCGUGACCUACAAGUACGAGGCGGGGACGAGCCGCCUCGAGCAGCGGCCGGAGAAGAAGUUACGGGCGCCGGCCUGGUGCGACCGCGUGCUCUGGAAGAGCCGGCGCGCCGUCGCGCUCGAGGACUACGACUCGGACAUGAGCCUCGAGCCGUCGGACCACAAGCCCGUGCGCGCGAGCCUGCGCGCGCGCGUGCUCGAGGUCCUUCCGGCGAAGAAGCGCGCCGUCGAGCGCGCGGUGAUCGCGGCCCUCGACGGGCUCGACGCGUCUCGGCCGCCGGAGGUGUCG